ACACCUUCCUGCGACAGACCCAGAGAAACGAAACUUUGCAGCGGGAGGGCUGUGGUCUUCCAGGGUGGGAGGUGUGACGCCGGCAACCUCUGCGUCCCAUUGGCUGAGGCUACUGGUUGGGACUUCCCACCUUUCCGCCCUGCCCGGCCGCGGCGACCGCAGAAGCUGCUGCUCAGGGGAAGCCUGCCCUCAAGAGGAAGUGAUUGCCCCACUCCUAGAUCACCAAGAUGGAAGAUUCAUGGUCAUUCAACUCAGUGGCACGCACAACACAUAGCUGACUGACAGUCUUGUACGGCAGAAGAAGCAAUGCUGCCCAAAAUUGGUCUUGGGGCUGCAGCUGGCCUAGUGAUUGCCACCGUGGGGAUCCCUGUCGCAGUUGGAGUCCUGGGUUUCACAGGAGCAGGAAUUGCGGCUGGAUCUGCAGCUGCAAAGAUGAUGUCGGCAGCUGCCAUCGCCAAUGGUGGAGGAGUGGCUGCUGGGAGUGCUGUGGCCACCUUGCAGUCAAUUGGUGCAGCAGGUCUGCCGGUCGCUGCAAAAGCUGCAAUAACAGCUGGAGGAGCAUUGCUGGGUGCCAUUCCAAAAUGAAGGAUGCAAAAGGAGCAGUUCUCUGUGCCCUCUUGUAAGACCAUAGCUGAAUCCUCCUUGCUAGCUCUGCUCAAGUCCACUCAGUGCACUCCACUGAUUCUGCUAUACAAAACUCAAUAAAGCUUUGAUGAGAA